AUGUCAUGGAUUUUGGACAACGCCGAGCCGCUACUGGAUUUCGAUAAACCGACACUUCACAAAGUUAUUAACAUCGGUGGUCUGAGUGUGCACAACCCGAAACCACUCAACAAGGAAUGGGAUCAGGUACUUGAUCUCAGACCUCGAACAAUACUGAUCUCUUUUGGCAGUGUAGCGCAAAGUGUACUUAUGCCCGAUCUGAUGAAGAAGACAAUCCUCGAUGUUGUUAAGUCGUGA